AUGAUGACCCAAAGCUCAGCACCUGGACCAGCCGCGAAUGAGUACCGAGGCAUCAAACGAAGCCAACAGGCCUGUCAGAAUUGCAGGCGCAAGAAGGCCAAGUGCUCUGGGCAACGUCCUGUGUGCAGUUUCUGCCGUAGGCUUAAUCAAGUUUGCGAAUGGACCAAAGUCACAGUUGAAUCACAAGAUACCAACGAAUCCGCCACUAGAGAUAUGAGUAACUCUGACGAUUUGUCGAGAAGAGUGGCUUCAAUUGAGACAAAAUUGGAUAAUUUACAUGAGAUGCUCAGCACAUACCUCCCAGCUAUUCUAAACCAGUCACGAGAUAAUGCUAAUAAUUCCGAUCAAAUAAUAUCGCCUCAUCAGAAUGGUCCAAAUGGUAGAGCUUCUUUCGAUCUGAUCAACGUGACAUCUCCCGAUGCUGUCCCACCAAACAAUGCGAAUCCAGCAUCUUUUCGAGUUCUUCCCCCUUAUCCGGUUUUGAUCAACUUGAUCAAUGUAUAUUUUGAACGAGCACAUAACCAGCCAUAUUCAUUCUUUCAUGAAGAGACAUUCCGGCAGCGCCUUGAGCUCAAGUCGCUCCCCGAAUUCUUACUGUUCGCCGUAAUCGCUUCAGCAGUAAGAUUUUCUUCGGAUCCUUACUUUGGCGAGUCGAAGUCCGAGGCACUCCGAGCCUAUGCCAGUGAGUCGUGGAAGUUGAUUGUAGCUGUCUGUUUCGGGCCUGAGAGUGACCCGGACAUAUACUACUGUCAGGCAGUCACUCUAUUAUCUAUCAUUGACUUCACAGCCGGUAGGCGUCAUCCUGGUUGGCUUAAGAUCGGCUUGUCUAUACGAAUCGCCCAAGAUUUGCAAUUAAUGAUGGAACCAAGUCAAGACCUGAGUCAUUCUGAACAAGAAGAGCGACGAAGAGUAUUCUGGUCCAUAUAUGUCCUUGACAAACUUUGCUCCUGUGGCCGCGCCAGGCCAGUGGCCCUUGCAGAUUCCCACUGCUUGGUGCAACUUCCCUGUGAUGAAAUUACAUUCCGGAAAGGCGAAUGGAAGAGGACUAUAUCCUUAGAGCAGGCACUCUCAGCAAAUGAGACGAAUACAGGAGACGUCAGCAAUUUUUCAUUGGUGAUUCUGGCUGCUUCGGUACUGGGUCGUACAGCGCAACACAGCAUCCAUCAGAAUUUAAGAGGAGAAAGCCGGCUGCCCCCUUGGGACUCGAAAUCAUUAUUUGCCACUAUCAACUCGGCCCUCCUUCAACUGGAGAUGAAAUAUGAAUUUGGAAACAGUCUUGGGGACAGCGUAGCUCGGAUGCGUGGUGAGGAUGGCAAUAUUGAUAUGCAAGUUGCGGGUCCCGUGAUAUUUUCUCGAGCACUGUUUAGGACUUGCCAAUGUCUUCUUCACCACCCGCUUCUACUGCACCAGCAAUCGCGAGUUCUUGGAACCAAACCCCCUCUUAGCUUCUGGAAUCGUGCGAUACAGACUUGUCGAGAGAAUGCCUGUUCUCUUUCGGAGCUUCUUCGUGAUGUCCAGGCAGCUGGCUACAUCGCUACCUACUCGUUCAUGGGAUAUUGCGCUACAAUUUCGGCGACCAUACAUACACUCUACCUCGAGGAUCCUGAUUUGAGUAUCCAACAAAAGUCAACACAGUUAUACCAAACGGACAUCCUCUUUCUCAAAACCCUUGCCCAGAGAUGGAAAAACGCUGAGUGGAUGCUGCUGGGUCUAGAACGACUUGCUGCUCAGUCGAAGCUUUCUGCGACUCUCCUAGGCACGAAUCCUGACUGGCAGGCAUUUGACGGCGACCAAAUGGAGAAUAUACGGGCUACCAUUGAUUACAACACGAUGUCACAAGCUCCAAAAGAUACUACUCUACCGACUGCCGCCAUGAUCCCUUCGCCAUGGAACCCGUUCGUCGGAUUUGAUGGAUUCAAUAAUUAUGCUCCCACACCGAAUCAGUCAAACUCAAGCGGACCAAAUCCCUAUGUCUAUGACCCAUACAGCGAUCCGAUGGGGUUCAACAUGAUGUCUCCAUUCGCAUCAGGGCGUUGGUGCAGGGGCCAAUUUCGGUGGAUAAGAGCCUAA